AUGGUUGAUACACCAGCUAAAGAAGACCAUGUCGAUGUUCUCAUUGUCGGUGCCGGCCCAGCGGGGCUCAUGCUGGCCAACUGGCUAAGUCGCUGCGGAGUCAAGACCCGGAUAGUGGACAAGCGUGGCUCCAAGGUCUUCAAUGGUCAGGCGGACGGUCUGCAAUGUCGCACCCUGGAAAUCUUUGACUCAUUUGAUUUUGCCCACCGGGCAUGGCGCGAGGCAAACCAUAUGUUGGAGAUUUGUCUUUGGAAUCCUGACAAGGAUGGCCGCCUUCAACGAAGUAACCGCAUUCCAGACACUAUUCCUGGACUCAGUCGUUUCCAACAGAUCGUGCUGCACCAGGGUCGCAUCGAGCGGUUCUUCCUCGAUUCAAUCAAGGAACAUAGUGACAUCCGUGUUGAGCGUGGAGUGUUGCCCACAUCUUUCGAUCUCGACGAAGCCAAAGCAGGCGAUUUCGAGGACUACCCUAUCAGUAUUACACUUCGUACCUUGGCCGAGGAAGAAUCCACCCCUCAACAGCGGCAGCAACAUCAGAAAUCUUCCGAUGGCCAGCAAACAGUAAUCGAGGAUGGACUUUUCCGAAGUAACUUGGUUGCUGAUGACACCGAGGACCUCAUCCAAGCGGCAGAGGCCAAAGGAAAUCAAACUUCCAACGAAGUCGAGCAUAUAAAAGCUAAAUUCCUGGUCGGUUGCGACGGUGCUCACUCCUGGGUGCGCCGUCAGGUCGGUUUUAGCUUGGAAGGUAGCUCAACCGAUUAUAUCUGGGGCGUGCUCGACAUUGUCCCCAUCACGGAUUUCCCAGAUAUCCGCCAUCGAUGCGCUAUUCACUCCGCGAAUGCGGGUAGCUUGAUGGUGAUUCCCCGCGAGAAUAAACUCGUCCGGCUCUACAUCCAGCUCCAGGCGACGGAUUCCCAGAAGAAUGGCUCCAAGGCUGACCGGUCCUGGAUCACCCCGGAGAUCAUCUUACAAUCUGCCCAACGUAUCGUGCACCCAUAUAAGCUCGAUUACGCGUAUUGCGACUGGUGGACGGCAUACCAGAUUGGGCAGCGGGUGAGUAACAAGUUUUCGCAAAGCGAUCGCGUCUUCCUGGCUGGUGAUGCUGUCCAUACGCACUCUCCCAAGGCUGGACAGGGCAUGAAUGUCAGUAUGCAGGAUACGUAUAAUCUGGGGUGGAAGCUCGCCCAUGUCAUCAACGGCCUCAGUGGACCUUCCAUCCUGCAAACCUAUGAGUCUGAGAGAAAGCAGAUUGCGCAGGACUUGAUCGCUUUCGAUCACCGCUUUUCUAGGCUUUUCUCUGGACGUCCAGCCAAGGAUAUCAUGGAUGAAGAGGGAGUCAGUAUGGAAGAGUUCAAAAGCGCAUUUGAAAAAGGAAACGAAUUCGCAAGCGGCAUAGCUGUCAACUAUGCUGCCAGUAUUCUCGUUGCGAAGGAAUCGGAUGCCGCAGAACAAGGCAAUAACACGAUCAUCAGUAAGCCAGAGCUGGCUACGAAGAUUGAUAUCGGCAAACGGAUACCUAGCUUCAAAGUUUUGAACCAUGCUGAUGCACGCCCAUGGCAUCUGCAGGAGCUAUUGAAGAGCAACGGACGCUGGCGAGUGAUAGUUUUCCCUGGACGACUCGCCGAGCCGCAAAAUAUGGAACGCUUCGAAAGGCUAGGCGCCUCUUUGGGAGGGCCAGAUUCUUUCAUUCGCCAGUUCACACCACCAGGCAAGUCUAUUGACAGUGUGAUCGAAGUCUUGACGGUUCAUUCCGGAUCACGAAGAGACAUCGAACUUCUCGAUCUUCCGGAAGCGUUCCACCCCCAUCACGGUGACAUGGGAUGGGAUUACUGGAAAGUCUUUGUCGAUGAGGAGUCUUAUCAUGAGGGUCAUGGUCAGGCUUACGCAAAUUACGGCAUUGAUCUCAACCGCGGUGCUAGUGUCAUUGUUCGCCCUGAUCAGUAUGUUAGCUGGGUUGGAGAGGUCGAUGACUACGAGCAGAUGUCGCAAUUCUUCAGUGGCUUCAUGAGACAACAGGCUGGAAACAAUCCCCUAUAG